AUGUUUUCCUCGUCGAAUAACUUCCUCGGGGGUGGUGCCACUGGCCGUCCCGGCCAGGCACCAUUCAUGCAGCAGCAACAGCAACCCCCCUAUUCGCAAUUCCCCCAAGGCCAACAACCACCAUCAAUUCAGCAACCUCAGCCAACUGGUUUUGCCCAGCAACCUACUGGACUUGUCCCGCAGCCAACCGGAUUUGCCGGUCAACCCUCGCCGUUCGGUAACUCGCAGCUACAGCCUCAAGCCACCGGAUUCAACUCAGGGCAGCUCCAGCCGCAAUUCACUGGCUUCCCCGGCGGCGCACCCCAGCAGCAAGCGCAGAGCUUCCAACAACAAUACACUGGAUAUCCUCCUCAGAACCAGGCACAGCAACCGCCCCCUGUACCACAAAUACCUGCUCAAUUCAAGACCUCCACCGAUGUCGCGAACUCCUUCCAAACCGCUGGUGGAUCAGGGACGCCUCCUCAGGUGCCCCCGAAGACGGGGUCGAGAAUCCCAAGCAUCCGACUCUCUUUUAUUACGGCGCAGGAUCAGGCGAAGUUUGAGCAGCUCUUUAAGUCUGCCGUCGGGGAGAGCAAGACUAUGGAAGGCGACAAGGCGCGAGACCUUUUGCUGCGAUCAAAGCUAGCAGGGGCUGAUCUUUCUAAGAUCUGGGUUCUUUGUGAUUCCACCAAAUCCGGACAGUUGUUCUUCCCCGAAUUCGCAUUGGCUAUGUACCUCUGCAAUAUUCGCCUCACCGGCCGCGAGCUGCCCUCUUCUCUACCCGACAAAAUCAGGAACGAGGUUUCCAGCAUGGUGGAUAUUAUCUCCUUCGAUGUCCCCGACACCGCACCGGCGCCACAGCAGCGCACUAAUGUCCCCAACUUCGAAGCGCCCCUCUUGGAGAACAAGUCAACACCCCCAAUUGUUCAACAGCCCAUCCCCCAGCAACCAAACAAUGCGCAGCUCCUGACGCAGCUGACAGCACAGCCUACUGGAUUCUUCCCCCAACAGCCGAGUAUCCAGCAGCCCAACCCGACUGGCUUCCCUGGCCAGAACCAGUCUCAAUUCCUUCAACCCCAACAAACCGGAUUCAUGACCAACCCACAAGCCACUGGAUAUACCGGCCCUCGGCCUCCCAUGCCACCUAUGCCUACUGGCUACGGGUCGAACCUUAGCCCCGCCCAGACUGGUGGAAUGCAGGGUUUGGGUGUGCAACCCACGGGCCUGACUGCGCAGCCUACCGGCUUGCCGGGUCAAUGGGGAUUCAUUAACACACCGUCUCAGGGCUUGCCUAAUAUCGAUGCUAUGAAGCAACAGCUCAUGCCGCAACCCGGGCGUGAAGGUGGGUUCAGUGCUGUCGGCCUUUCAGGAAAUGCCAAGGUUGCUUGGGCAAUUACCAAGGAAGAGAAGAAGAUUUACGAUGAGCUUUUCCGCGCGUGGGAUGGCUUCCGCAAGGGUUUCAUCGGUGGCGAGACUUCUAUCGAGAUCAUGGGCCAAAGUGGUCUGAACCGGCAAGACCUGGAACGGAUUUGGACUUUGGCCGAUCCCCACAACCGUGGCAGACUAAACAUGGAUGAGUUUGCGGUGGCUAUGCACCUGAUUUAUCGUGCUUUGAACGGUUAUCCAGUCCCUAGCCGUCUGCCUCCUGAGCUUGUGCCCCCUUCUACGAGGCACUUGAAUGACUCUAUUGGUACAAUGAAGCAUCUUCUUACCCAAGAUGCCGAAACUCGCAAGGCUACUGGGGCAUUCCUGCAGCCGCAAAAGACCGGUGUUAGCUACCUUAAAGAUCACUCCUUCCGUGGUGGCGCAGGAGGCGCUGCCGGUGGCAGCCGGAAGGAUGCGACUGUGUUUAAGAACAAUGACUCCGCUGGUGGCUACCGCUCGAGUGCACGCCGUCGUGUUGGUGGUGAGGCGCGCACCCCAUCACCGGCCGCCUCUGGUGCCUCAGAGGAGGAAUACACCGUCGAACAGCUGCAAAAGAAGAUCCGCGAGGCCAAGAUCAUGUUGGAUGCUGUCGACUUCCAGGAUGAGAACCGAGCCGAGGAUGAUGAUGCCCUAGACCGCCAGGAUCGUCGCGAGGCGGAGAGUCUCAUGGACCGUAUCCGCCGCGUGCAGGACGACCUCGACACCCACCCGAAUGCUGCAUUCCGCAAGGUGGACAGCGGAGCAGACCUUGCGUCUGACGUGCGUCGUCUCGAGCGCGAGAUUGCGGACGCGAAGUUAGAGCUUUUCCGUCUCAAGGACGCCAAGGCCCAUCCCGGUGGUGCCCCUAGCAUCAUUGGUACUGGUCCUGGUGGCACUGUGACUGAGGCAGACCGUAUCAAGGCCCGUGCUCGUGCGCGUAUGCAAGCCCGGGCUGCCGAGCUUUCUGGGCGCCCUGCCCCGGCAACUCACGAUGAUGAUGGGCAAGCUGCCCGUCGUCUGGAAGCUGAGAGCAGCAACGUGAAGGCCGAGCGAGAGCGCAAUGAUACUAUGACUCGCGAUGUCGAGGAAAGUGUCCGCGAUUUCGCUCGCAGUUUGGAAGACAGCCUCCGCGAGGAGGGCCACAAUUCUACACGUGAACACGAGAAGCGUCGUUGGGAAGAUGCCUUGGGAGUUGAGGAUAUCAUUCGUGACUUUAUCUACGACCUCGGUCGUAAUGCCCGCACCGCAAAUAUCCGCAAAGAAGAGCGAGAGAGACCUGCGGAAAUCAGCUCUCGAGCAUCUCCAGCGCCUGAUUCUCACGCUGCACGCCCUUCGAUGCCUCCCUCCGUCGGCUCAUCCAGCUCACUUCCUGGAAACACGCAUGAAGACCGUGUGGCGGCCGCCCGCGAACGUGCACAGAAGCGUAUUGCUGAGCGCAUGGCAGCUGCUGGUCUGAAGCCAAGUGACUCCAGUGAGACUCUGGCGCAACGACAGGAGCGUGAGAAGAAGGAGCGUGAAGAGCGUGUUAGACGCGCCGAAGAAGAGGACGCCAAGCGGGAACAGGAGAGACAGCGUCGCCUGGCCGAUGAGAGGGGUGGUCCUAGUGUUGCUGCGUCUCCGAAGGCCGCAGGCAAGAAGCCACCACCAGCACCCCCGUCCCGCAGAGUUCGCACAGAUAGUGCUGGCCAAGCUGAUGCCAAGAAGGCAGAGGAAUCUGCUGCCCGUGAGCAGGCCAUUAGAGAGGAGCAAGAAGCGCAGGAAAUUGAGACUCAGCGUCUUGAGGCCGAGGCACACCAGCGCGAGUUGGAAUUCCAACAGGAGAAGGAUGCCCAAGCCGCUCGACUUCGCGCUCUUGAGGAACAGGUCCGCCAGGGCAAGAUCAAGAAGCAGGAAGAGAAGCGCCGUAGGGAAGAAGCCAGCCGACAGUCUAAGGAACAGGAAGCUAGCCUUGCAGCCCAGCGCGCAGAAUUGGAGGCCGCGAAGGAACGUGAGCGACAGCUGCAGCGUGAACUCGAGGGACUUGAUGAAUCCUCCUCCGACGAUGAAGGCCCUGCCGAUGCUACGCCUCAGUACAGCACUCCCACGCAGAGCCAGAUUCUCCCUACCCCGCCUCCCGUGCCCACGAUCGCUCUUCCUGAGCCUCCUGCCCCGAUCCCAGUGCUCGAAAGCGUACCUAGCUCGCCUGAGAGCACCCGUAGCAUUCCUGCUGCUACGCCCGAUGCCGAGUCCAAGAACCCAUACUUCAAGAACAUGGGCCAGUCGGCCGAUCCCGCCCAAGCAGUCUCGCCACCUACAGCCCAGUCUACGAACCCCUUCCACCGCCUGACGCAGCAAGAGCCUAUCAAGCCCACCUUCACCGGCGCAGCUCCCUUGGAGCGUAAGACUCGUGCUCGCCCCGAGGCAGACGACGACUGGUCUGUCGCCGGCUCCGACUUCGACUCAUCAGACGAUGAAGACGACGACCGACCAACCGGCGGUAGCGCCAAGCAACUUGCCAGCAUCCUGUUCGGCACUAUGGCGCCCCCGCGUCCCCUGAGCGCCAUGGACGAAGACAAACCUGCCUCCAAAUCCGCUACCCCAGUGCAAGACACCCCUGCUGCACCCCCACCUCCACCCCCAACCGUUUUGCCUCCUGUCCCUGCCAUCCCAAGCGCCGAUGGGGCUGGUGCUCCCUCUAUUCCCCCGCCCCCUCCUCCUGGCGGAGCCCCCUCUGCUCCUCCCCCUCCCCCUCCCGCCGGCAUCCCCCCUCCACCUGCCCCCGCCGCCGCUCCUGGCGGCCGCGGAGCUCUCCUCGCGUCCAUCCAACAAGGCAUGUCCCUGAGGAAGACCCAGGUCAACGACCGCAGCACGAGUUCAUCUGCUGGACGCGUGCUGUAA